AUGACCUCGCUAAAAUGUAGGCAGGAGAGCAAGGAAUCAAACCAAUCGGAUAAGCGUCCAUGGAAAAUUAUUGAAGUGGGGGGAGUGCCAAAUCUCCGAGGGUUUGGCGGCUACCCUACUGAACUGUCAAGAUCUCACAAAACACGAAAGAUGUUUCUGUAUCGCUCUGCUCAUCCUGGUCGCUUGACGGAAGCUGGAUUAAACAAAUUGAAAGAUAUGGGAAUCAAAAACAUUAUUGAUCUGACGUCUGACAAUGAGACAGUCGUCAAUUAUAAUAUAUCACUAGAAAGGUUGACGAAUGAAGGUUUGCUGAGGAUAUCCUGCCCAUUGAAGAGAGGAUUGUUUUCUAUUGAUGAACUCUUGUCAAGAUACGGCAAUUAUACUACGAAAGACUGUGAAGUAAAAUCCAUCUCGAAGAGAUAUGUUGGCUUGUUGGAAGAAGGGGCAGAAACAGUUCGCAAGAUACUCUCCAUUCUAUGCAGCAAUCCCAGAAGUGCUACUUUGAUACACUGUUCUCUUGGGAAGGACAGGACAGGCAUUAUCUUUGCUCUUCUUUUACUUUUAGCUGGUGUUCCAGAUCCACUUAUCGCAAUGGAAUAUAGUGUCAGCACAGAAGGACUGAAGGGUUCUGUGGUUGACAUCGAGAAGUUCCUCCGAGAAAACACGAACAGCGAUGCACUGUCGAGAGCUCGGGCGUUAGAAAUGGCGACUGCAAAGUAA